AUAUAUGAACCGUGAUAAACUACGCUUGUGAAGUAAGUAAGUUGUGAGCUGUUCCCCCGCCUCGGACACCAUCGCAAACCUAACGUAAAGUCGUUAUCAUCACAUGCAAUAGUAGAUCUACCUCUGCCCACAUUGUCUUAGAAUUAGAUGAAGAUCGAGAGUCUCAGAGAAGAAUAGUUCACUUGCAAACAGUCUAGUACAAUGCUGCGCGCGUGGCUGACUCGUGAAGGAUAAAGCCGAACGAUGUUACACAUCUGGCGAGGUCAGUCCCCACUGCACUGACACUGUGUGUACUUCUUAUCGCACUCGUGCGCACGCCUUCACACUAGAUACGUCUAGACUCACACUCACUGCGGAGUGAGCAAGAUUCCAAGAAGCACGUCUUCUACGUACAUGUAGCUGACAUUCGGGUGAGUGGUAUGGGUACGGGUGCAGCUCGGCUCAAGCGGACAGGCAGAAGCGCAGGAGCACUGCCCGAAAGCAGAGAAGGAGACAGCGCGCGCAUUCUGCCCGUCCGCGACGGUCCGGCGCUACGCUGGUAUGAGAUAGAACCCGGAAAGCAAAUAAUACCAGCGGAAAUUCCGUUCUCCAAAGACGCAGUAGCAAGGAAGUCAAGAAAGCCGACGGUUGAAAAAGAAGUCGAGCCUGACUCUGUCUCCACCACUACAACCUAUGCGUGCCAAGUCACUCAAACUUCCGUUGACGGCGUGAAGAGACUGUCCGUGAUCGACGAACGCACUGAUAACCUACAACAAGUAUCCAAAAGAAGCAGCAGCUCACGCGGCCAAGCCGAAAGCCAAGAAGCUCCGACACGAAUCGACACCGAGGCCACGCGUAGAAGCAGCAUCAUGUUCAAGACACCGGAGACGCACCCGGUGCUUCCUUCGCCGAAGCCAAAGCCGAGCGAGGACAAAAGCGGUGGACAAUCACGCAGUCAAAGCCUCACCAGUAUGCUACCGAUGCUCUCAAACCUGCCAACGAUCAAUCCGUCAGCAAUGGUUGGUUCUGCAGACAGUAGAUUCCCGGUGGCGGCAAUGCCCAGGGCCAGAGUACAAAAGUCAGCACCAGCAUUCAAAGGCAAGGCACUUAUGCCUAAUGGCAUCUUCAGUACAAUAUCACUGGAGCAGUAUGUGGGCAAAUAUCUCGUCCUGUUCUUUUACCCAGGAGACUUCACAUUUGUUUGCCCUACGGAGAUCAUUGAGUUCAGUGAACGCUAUGAGGAGUUCAAAAACCUGCACUGCGAGAUCGUGGCCUGCUCUGUGGACUCUGAGUAUUGCCAUAAGGCAUGGACUGGUGUACCUAGAUCCAAAGGUGGUCUUGGCAAGAUGAACAUCCCAAUCCUGGCUGAUCCGACCCGGCAAAUUGCGCAGGCCUACGACGUGCUAGUGGAAGAUGAUGGUGUUGCCUUGCGUGGCUUGUUUAUAAUUGAUCCGAAAGGCAUUGUGAGGCAGAUCACAGUCAAUGACCUGGAGGUUGGCCGUAACGUGGAUGAAGUGAAGCGUCUUGUCGAGGCGUUUCAGUAUUCUGACAAGCAUGGAAGUGUGUGCCCGCAAGGUUGGACAGCAGGGAAGAAAACGAUCAAACCUGAUCCACAAGGAGCGUUGGAGUUCUUCGAGACGGUUCCAAUCUAGUACUGUUAGGAUAAUGUUUUGCGACAUAACAUGACCAUGAAAGGACUCCCUCGGUCUCAGUCAAUAGAGUGUAGUGCUGGUACAGUACAACUGCAUUCAAGUCUGAAAUUGGAAUUGAAUGUGGACGGCGCGUAGAUGUAUUUUCACAUUUCCUCAGUAGGCACCACUCGUUCUCGCUGUUUGCCUCACGUUGCCAGAUUUUGUGUUGGGAGUUUUUGGUUUUUCAAAGAAUGGAAUGAAUUGUUCCACAACUAGCCCUAUUCUGUUCAUGCUCUGUGUUAUUUACAGUUGGGAAUUUCACAUGCAGUUCGUAUUUCAUGACUACAUGUAUAUGAUUUUAAGAGUUAUGAUCAGUUAUCGUGACGAGCAUAUGACUGAGUUAUUGAUACAUUCACGGACUUCCACUUUUUCUUUACCUGGCCCAUUCCAUCUGAGAACUCACAGGAAUGCAUAGGGAGCUUACAAAAACAUCAGAUUUGCGGCUCCAUGCUUU